UUCUGAUUGUAUUGUGAUUAUUGUGAUUUAUUGUGAAUUGUGAAUUUUUCGAGUUGUGUUGUGUUGUGUAUGUCUUGCUUUGAAGUGUCACAGUCUCUUAGGACAGGAUUAAUGACCUAACCAGGUGUUUCAGCAAUCACCUACUUCUAAAAUCAUGUUCAAUGUUUUAACCAAGCCGAUUUUUAGACUGUCAGUUGCCAUUUUGGUUAACGAAAACAUUCUUAGAGUCUCUCCUGUCCUAUGUAAAGACAUAAAAAACAGGGGUUUUGCAAGAUGGUCAUCAAGAAAACCUUCAAAAGUCUUUACUCCGGACGUAAUUUCAUCUGGAGGUUUUGAUACAGAAGAAUUUUUCAAAUCUGAAUACACAGAAAGUUCAGAAAGUGAACAGGAAAUUGUGAAAAAACAACUAAACAAUUUUAAUAAAGAAAAACAGCUGAUUGAAACAGGGAAAACAUCAGCUGAUUUAAAAUAUACUGUUUUACAAGAAAACGAUUUGACCUUCAGUAAGCUUAUGACACAAGCUGGAAAUAGAAAGCUACGCAUGAAAAACAAUCUGAUGAUGUUGGAAGGAAAACGAUUGAACAUUGAUGCGAUUAAAACUGGCUUGAUACCCAAAAAGAUAUUUUUCACCCGAAAAACACUUCUGGAAGAUAUAAAACUACCUCAAAGUUUGAAAACUUCACUCUACAAAAUACAUUAUAAAACUGUUGCAUUGUGGUCUAAGCUGGAAUCCCCACCAGGAAUCAUUGGGUUCUACGAUCUCGUGAAGGAAGAUCACAUCUCCACCAACAACACUAUCCCAGUGAGGGUAAUCUGUGACAAUGUUAGAGACCCUGGCAACCUCGGGUCCAUCAUAAGGGUGGCUGCUGGUGUAGGCUGUACACAGGUGCUGCUAUUGAAAGGCUGCACUGACCCGUGGGACCCUAAAGUGCUCCGUGCCGCUGCUGGAGGACAUUUCCACAUCCCAAUAAAAAUGGACAUGAUUUGGAGUCAGCACAAAGAGUUUCUGAACCCUUCUGAUGUGGUUUGUCUUGCAGACAGUAACACAGCCAGAGAAACCCCAAUUGCUGCCAGAAUACCUCAGCAUUUAUACUUUGACGUAAAAUUAAAAACCUCUCAAUCUAUAGCCAUUGUUGUGGGAGGCGAGACAGAGGGUUUGAGUAUUGACGCGUUCAAACUGGCCUCUAAAUAUAACGGAUUGAGACUUCACAUACCUCUGUCCAACUCAAUAGAAAGUUUAAACAGCGGUUGUGCAUUGAGUGUUGUAUUGUUUGAGAUUAAAAGACAACUUUUGACUCUUGAGAGAGCUAACACUUUAAAGGAUAAUGCUACUCCAGAAGAAGAACUAAAAACAGGAGAAUAUAGAAUCUAGGGACUGAUGCUUCAAGUUAGUUACCUCUGUAUUGUAUAAACAAAUAAAUUUAAAAUGACAAUAUCUA